UAAACGCAAGCCCAAUCCGUCAGCCCAUUUCAUUAGAAGGUUUGCGAUUCGGAAAAACAAACCCUAAAACAACAUCUCAGCCGCUGUCGCACUGAACUCAACUCUCUCCUCACCGGAAAACGGAGGAACUCAUCGUCCGUCGCAAGAAAAUUCACUGUCCAGCAAUUAACAAUUCAUAACCAUGAGACCAAUUCUGAUGAAAGGCCACGAGAGGCCAUUAACAUUCCUCAAGUACAACCGUGACGGCGAUCUUCUUUUCUCUUGUGCUAAAGAUCACAAUCCCACCGUUUGGUUUGCCGAUAACGGCGAACGUCUCGGCACUUACCGUGGUCAUAACGGUGCUGUUUGGUGUUGUGAUGUUUCGCGUGAUUCCGGUCGGCUUAUUACCGGCAGUGCUGAUCAGACUGCUAAGUUGUGGAAUGUGCAGACUGGUCAGCAGUUGUUUACUUUUAAUUUUGAUUCUCCUGCUAGGUCUGUCGAUUUCUCUGUUGGUGAUAAGCUUGCUGUUAUUACUACCGAUCCGUUUAUGGAACUUUCUUCGGCUAUUCAUGUUAAACGCAUUGCUAAAGAUCCCUCUGACCAGACUGCGGAAUCUUUGCUUGUAAUUAAGGGUCCUCAGGGAAGAAUCAAUAGAGCCAUUUGGGGACCACUAAACAAAACCAUUAUCAGUGCCGGAGAAGAUGCUGUCAUUCGUAUUUGGGAUUCUGAGACCGGAAAACUACUAAAGGAGUCAGACAAGGAAUUGGGCCACAAAAAGACAAUAACAUCACUCGCCAAAUCUGCUGACGGUUCCCAUUUCUGCACUGGAUCCCUUGAUAAGUCUGCUAAGAUUUGGGAUAGCAGAACAUUGUCUCUGGUCAAGACAUAUGUGACAGAACGCCCUGUCAAUGCAGUUACUAUGUCACCUCUUCUUGAUCAUGUGGUACUUGGAGGUGGUCAGGAUGCAUCAGCUGUCACAACAACUGAUCAUCGUGCUGGAAAGUUUGAAGCCAAGUUCUUUGAUAAGAUUCUUCAAGAAGAAAUUGGGGGUGUGAAAGGGCAUUUUGGACCGAUUAAUGCACUUGCCUUCAACCCUGAUGGAAAAAGUUUUUCAAGUGGAGGAGAAGAUGGAUAUGUACGUUUGCAUCACUUUGACCCAGAUUAUUUCAAUAUCAAAAUUUAGUGCCUAGAAGUUAGCUUUCAAUUUCUUUCACAUAAUAUAUUUGCUGACGCUGUUGUGUACUAAAGCUGUUCCUAGUAAUCCUUUUGUAACAACAUUAUGAAUGAAUUUUGGUUGGUGUUGGACUCCCGUAUUCAAGAUUUUCAUAGCACAUCAUUUGAAUUUGGGACA